CACGCACCACUGCGUACCAGACCCUGCAAAGCCAGACUCCCUCAGUCUGAUGGUCUUGCCAGGGGGGGCUCCACCUGCAUUGAUGCUACUGAACAAGGGAGAGGCUGAGAGCCUUUGGCAAAAAAUAAAACAGUGGACGGUGAAUAAGAAGCAGGCUUGAUGGAAUAACCCACUGCUGUCAACAAAUUAACCAGGGUAUUGCUUUCAGGAAUCAGGUGGCAGGUGGCCUCUGAUUCCUGGCCGGACUUCGUCCUAUCAGAUCCUGUACAGUAGCAGAGCCCAAACACUCAGACACCAUGGCAGGAGCCUCGGUGAAAGUAGCCGUGAGGGUCCGUCCCUUCAAUUCACGAGAGAUUGGAAAAGAGAGCAAGUGUAUCAUCCAGAUGUCAGGCAACACAACCACAAUAUUAAACCCUAAACAGCCAAAGGAAAACAAGAGCUUCAACUUUGACUAUUCCUAUUGGUCACAUACGACGCCAGAAGAUGCUAACUAUGCAUGCCAAAAGCAGGUAUAUAAAGACAUUGGGGAGGAAAUGCUUUUGCAUGCUUUCGAGGGAUACAACGUCUGUAUCUUUGCCUAUGGCCAGACAGGGGCAGGAAAAUCAUACACCAUGAUGGGCAAGCAAGAGAAAGACCAAGAGGGCAUCAUCCCAUUGCUAUGUGAGGACCUGUUUACCAAGAUCAGUUACAAUAAUGACAAUUGCAUGUCAUACUCAGUUGAGGUGAGUUAUAUGGAGAUUUACUGUGAGCGUGUACGGGAUCUGCUGAACCCAAAGAACAAAGGGAACCUGCGUGUGCGAGAGCAUCCUUUGAUGGGGCCAUAUGUGGAGGACCUGUCAAAACUAGCUGUAACUUCCUACAAUGACAUCCAGGACCUGAUGGACUCUGGCAACAAAGCCAGAACUGUGGCAGCCACUAAUAUGAAUGAGACCAGCAGCCGUUCCCAUGCCGUUUUCAACAUCAUCUUCACCCAGAAACGACAAGAUAGUGAGACAGACAACACAUCUGAAAAGGUCAGCAAAAUCAGCCUAGUCGACUUGGCUGGGAGUGAGAGGGCUGAUUCUACUGGAGCUAAAGGCACUAGACUGAAGGAAGGAGCCAAUAUCAACAAAUCCUUAACAACACUGGGCAAAGUCAUCUCUGCUUUGGCUGAGAUAGACUCUGCACCAAACAAGAACAAGAAGAAGAAGAAAGUGGAAAGCUUUAUUCCUUACAGAGACUCUGUUCUGACGUGGUUACUGAGGGAAAACCUCGGAGGAAACUCUCGUACUGCUAUGGUAGCAGCUCUAAGUCCUGCUGAUAUAAACUAUGAUGAGACACUCAGCACUCUCAGGUAUGCUGACCGUGCCAAGCAGAUCCGAUGCAAUGCUGUCAUCAAUGAAGACCCCAACAACCGCCUGGUACGUGAGCUGAAAGAGGAAGUUGCACGUCUGAAGGAUCUGCUCUAUGCUCAGGGUCUUGGAGACAUCAUUGAGACAUUUCGGGCACCAGAUCCUGGGAUACCUGCUCUCAAAUUGACACAUGCCAUGACAGGGAUGAGCCCCUCCCCAUCUCUCUCUGCCCUGUCGAGCCGAGCUGGCUCCAUCAACAGCCUGCAUGAUCGAAUCAUGUUCAGCCCGGGAAGUGAGGAAGCUAUUGAGAGGCUGAAGGAAACUGAGAAGAUAAUUGCAGAACUCAAUGAAACUUGGGAAGAGAAGCUUCGACGCACAGAGGAGAUUAGGAUGGAAAGGGAGGCACUUUUGGCUGAAAUGGGUGUGGCAAUGAGGGAAGAUGGAGGAACAGUUGGAGUCUUUUCUCCUAAGAAGACACCUCACCUGGUCAAUCUUAAUGAAGAUCCACUGAUGUCUGAGUGUUUGUUGUACUACAUUAAAGAUGGAAUCACCAAGGUCGGCCGUGAGGAUGCCAGCAGUCGGCAGGACAUUGUCUUGAGUGGUCAUUUCAUUGAAGACGAACACUGUAUCUUCACAAGUAGCACUAAUGCCUCGGGAGAGGGAACGGUGGUUCUGGAGCCCUGUGAAGGAGCUGAGACUUACGUUAAUGGGAAGAGAGUGACAGAGCCCACUAUUCUCAGAUCAGGUAACCGUAUCAUCAUGGGCAAGAGCCAUGUGUUCCGAUUCAAUGACCCAGAGCAAGCACGGCAAGAGCGAGAAAGGACCCCAUGUGCAGAAACACCUGUGGAGCCUGUAGACUGGGCUUUUGCUCAGAGAGAACUACUGGAGAAACAAGGCAUUGAUAUGAAACAAGAGAUGGAGCAGAGAUUACAGGAACUGGAGGACCAGUACCGUAAGGAAAGAGAAGAAGCAAGCAACCUUCUGGAACAGCAGAGACUGGACUACGAGAGUAAACUGGAAGCUCUUCAGAAGCAGGUUGACUCCAGAUAUUACCCCGAAACCACAGAGGAAGAGGAGGAACCAGAAGAGGAGGUGCCAUGGACAAAGCGUGAGACAGAACUGGCCCUCUGGGCUUUCCGUAAAUGGCGAUUCUACCAGUUCACCUCUCUCAGAGACCUGCUCUGGGGAAAUGCAAUUUUCCUCAAGGAGGCUAAUGCCAUUAGCGUGGAGCUGAAGAAAAAGGUUCAGUUUCAAUUUGUAUUGUUAACGGACACACUAUACUCGCCACUGCCCCCUGACCUCCUGCCCCCCAGUAUAGCCAAAGACAGAGAGAAAAGGCUGUUCCCACGCACCAUAGUAGCAGUAGAAGUUCAGGACCAGAAGAACGGUGCCACACACUACUGGACUUUAGAGAAACUCAGACAAAGAUUGGAUCUGAUGAGAGAAAUGUAUGACCGAGCAGCUGAGGUGCCCAGUCCUGCACUUGAAGAUUGUGACCACAUGAUGUCUGGUGGUGAUCCCUUCUAUGACCGCUUUCCUUGGUUUCGUCUGGUCGGCCGCACUCCCAUUCUGAACACGUGCAUGAGCGAGCGCAUGAGUGACCUUACCAUCUCCCCCACCCUCUCUGACCCCGACUCUGACAUAACCGAGCUCGCCGAUGAGCGGCAUUAUGGAAAAGUCGAGGUGGAGGAGGAGGAGUUGGAGGACCUGGACGAUGAGAUCUUUAUGGAGGACUCAGAGCUUGAGAGAGAGGAGGAUGGUGUGGGGGAGCACUGCCCAGGUACCAGCGAUGGCCAGGACCCCUUUUACGACCGCUGGCCUCUGUUCAGUUUAGUGGGAAGGGCAUUUGUGUAUCUGAGUAACCUGCUGUACCCUGUGCCGUUGGUACACCGUGUGGCCAUUGUUAGUGAGAAAGGCGAGGUCAAGGGGUUCCUCCGAGUGGCAGUGCAAGCCAUCUCAGCUGAUGAGGAGGCUCCUGAUUAUGGUUCAGGUGUUCGACAAUCAGGAACCGCCAAGAUUUCAUUUGGAGAUCAACAGUUUGAGAAGUUCCAGACAGAGUCAUGCACCGGUGGAACAUCUCACACAAACACACCUCAAGAGGAGCUGCGCAUCGUAGAAGGAGAAGGACAGAACUCAGAGAUGGGGCUCAGUGCUGAUGAGGUCAACAACAACACCUGUGCAGCAUCUCCUGAUAUUCCUAACAGUCCUCUCACGGGCUGUCUGGAAUGUCCUCUUGAUGUGAUUCAGGAAAAAUCUUACCAGCACCUGAAAAUUGGGAGCAACUUCACCUUCAGGGUCACAGUGCUUCAGGCCUCCAGCAUCUCUGCUGAGUAUGCAGACAUCUUCUGCCAGUUUAACUUUAUUCACAGGCAUGACGAGGCAUUUUCCACUGAGCCCUUAAAGAACACUGGCAGAGGCCCUCCUCUGGGAUUCUACCAUGUGCAAAAUAUAACUGUGGAGGUCACUAAGUCUUUUGUGGAGUACAUCAAAAGUCAGCCAAUCAUUUUCGAGGUAUUUGGGCACUACCAGAAACAGCCCUUCCCUCCUCUCUGUAAGGACUUAAUUAGUUCAUUACGUCCAACAAGAAGGCAGUUUCCUAGGGUUAUGCCCUUGUCAAAGCCAGUGCCCGCCACCAAACUGAGCACCAUGACACACUCCACUGCUGGCCCCUGUCACUGCAAAUAUGACCUUAUGGCUUUCUUUGAGAUCUGUGAACUUGAGGCUAAUGGAGAUUACAUCCCAGCUGUUGUUGAUCACAGAGGUGGAAUGCCCUGCCAUGGUACAUUCCUAUUGCACCAGGGCAUCCAAAGGAGAAUUACUGUCACUGUAGCUCUUGAAACUGGCAAUGACAUUGAAUGGAGGGAAGUUAAAGAGCUGGUCAUAGGCCGCAUCCGUAACACACCUGAGGCAGAUGAGACGAUCAUAGAUCCCAACAUCCUGUCCCUCAACAUCCUGUCUUCUGGCUACAUACGACCAUCUUAUGAUGACAGUGUGUCACUGGGAAUUGACUAUAGGACAUUUUACCGCUUUGAGGCAGCAUGGGAUAGCUCCAUGCACAACUCCCUUCUGCUGAACCGAGUCACUCCAUACAGAGAGAAAAUUUACAUCACUCUCUCUGCCUAUCUUGAGAUGGAGUGCUGCACUCAGCCCACUGUCAUCACUAAGGACUUCUGCAUGGUGUUCUACUCCAGAGAUGCCAAACUUCCUGCAUCAUGCUCAAUUCGAAACCUCUUCAGCACUGGUGCUUUUAGGCCCUCUGAAAGUAACCGCGUGACUGGAGUGUAUGAAUUAAGCCUCUGCCAUCUGGCUGAUAUCGGAAGUCCUGGUAUGCAGAGGAGGCGCAGACGGGUGCUGGACACCUCAGUGGCGUACGUGCGUGGAGAGGAGAACCUUGCGGGUUGGAGGCCCCGCAGUGACAGUCUCAUCCUGGACCACCAGUGGGAGCUGGAGAAACUCAGCCUAAUGCAAGAGGUGGAGAAGACCAGGCACUACCUUCUGCUGAGAGAGAAGCUAGAAGCAUCUCUGCUGCUGGGACAGGACGCUUUUUGUGGUAAAGACCUCAUGGACUCACCUAAAGCCUCCAGCCCCUUGAUCAAUUCAGUAGCCAGCCUGGAUCUGGACAGUACCAAUGAGAGGCAGAAGGAGCUGGCUGCCAAGUGUGUGCGACUGCUCAUGCACACCUUCAACAGGCAGUACAGCCAGGUGAGCAGCAGUCUCAGUGAGAGCAAGCUGUCAGAGAUGUCUGCAUCAUUUUUAAGAGACAGCUCUUCCUCAGCUCUAAGCACUCUGACCCCCUCCUCCACCUGUCCGUCACUUGUGGACGGUCACUAUGGCAAUCCAGACUUCAGAGGUGCUGAGGCAAAUUCUGGUGCUUCGAGCCCUGAUCUCGACCCCUUCAGCCCUGUGGAGAGAAAACCCAGGAGCUGCACCUUCAUCCCCAAUAUCCAAGAGAUUCGUGUCAGCCCAAUUGUGUCAAAGAAAGGCUAUCUCCACUUUCUGGAGCCACACACCAAUGGCUGGGUCAGACGUUACAUUGUGGUGCGGCGGCCAUACGUCUACUUGUACCGCAGUGAGAGAGACUGUGUGGAGAGAGCCGUAAUCAACCUCUCAUCUGCCCAGGUGGAGUACAGUGAAGAUCAGCAGACCAUGCUGAGGGCUACUAACACAUUUGCUGUGUUCACUGAGCACCGCAACAUUCUACUCCAAGCCGGCAAUGAAAAAGAGAUGCAUGACUGGCUGUAUGCGUUCAACCCACUGCUAGCUGGAACCAUCAGGUCUAAGCUUUCCAGAAGAAAAUCAGGACAGAUAAAGAUGUGAAACCGUUUUUCUUCAGCUCAAAGCAUAAACAGAUAUCUGACAGACCCUUGUGAUGUAAUUAGUUCAUGUGAACAUGAGUGCCCUAUCCCCACCUUAUCACAGCUGCCUCUUGCCUGCCUACCCCAGCACCCCUUGGUCUGUCCAUACCAACAUGCCAACCAUAGACUGUGGGCCUAGCUUCACAAAGAGUGUGUGUUUGUGUGUCAGGCCCCAUUUAGUCAGUUACAAAUGUAAAUGUACAAUAUUGAAAUAUUCCUGGCUAACAUAGCUUAAAAACUAGAAUGGCAUUUUAGACAUGGCCCACCUCAUAUCUGUAACAGCAUUAGUUCAUUUGUAAAUGCAACACAAUGCUUUGUGGAUGUGCUUCUGCAGAUUAGAUGUCAAGUGCUUUUACCUGGGCUUCAGUAGAUGCCUCUUGGUUUUGAUAAUGCUGCCAUGGUCAUUUUGCUUUUUGAAGGGAAGCAGAGCUUAUUUUGAAAGAAUUGCAGGGAAUUGUGAUGGAUCUUAGACUGAAAAUGGUACAGUAAUUGUCCAUUAUUUUGACAAAAAUCAACAUGGGAAAAGUUAUACUAACCUUCUACCAUACACAAGUUUUUAUUUGUGUUUUUAUUUUCAUCUGUAAUGUCUUUUUUUUUUUUUUUUUUUUUGCAUUACAUCAUUCAGUUUACUUAUUUAUUAAGCAUUGCAUGUUUUAUAAAAACAUAAUUUAUUAAGAGGUCACUAUUUGUAGUGUUACAAAAAUGUAUUGUUCACCUUGCACUUUUGAUAAUAAGCUUUGAUUAUUUACAAGGUUUGUUUUGUUAAUUUGCACAAGAGCUCUGCUGCUACAUUGAAUCUAAACUCAUUUUAUGUAUCUGUAUUUAUUGCUUUCGUCUGCUUGAAUGCAUAACACACCAAUUGGAAAGAGGUGAAGCUAAAUUUCCUGUUACCAAUGCACUGAACGUAAAUACAGCAUGUUUAACUUUUAGAUGAGGGAGAUUUAAUUUAGAUUACAGUAUAUCACAUUAUAUUGUCCAGGAAUUCCAUGUUGAAGAAUACUGUAUCUUGUGUAACUGCAUACUGUUAUUCCUUUUUUGUAGCUGUAAUGUUCAGGUUGUCCCAGCCUUACAUGUUGUAACAGAAUAUGUUUUUUGAAGAAAAUUUGGAGAACACCCCCUAUUUGGUGUUUCUCAUGAGUGGUGGCAAUGAGAUGAUGUCUUGUAAGACGAGAUCCAGUUUUAUUGUUACAGUAUCUAACAAAAAGUCUAUUAAUUCCAAUGCUUUUACCAAAAGUUUUGUCAACAUCAGAUUUGUUCUAUAGAAACCUUUAUAUAGCUCAGCUAAAUGUUGGUCAUUGAUUUUAUGUGUGAUGUAGGCUAUCAGUUAUAAUAAGCAUAUCAAUGUUCCAUGUUUCUGGUCCACCCUUUGCUUUGUGACUAUAAAGAGAGUGUAUACUAGGUAUAGAAAAGCUGUGUUUCCUGUGAGGAAAUUGCAAUGAAGGUUACAUCUUAAAGAGGUAUUACCAGAGGCCACUGUAUUGUAUACUGAUACUGUAAAUUCAGAGAUCUGCUCUAUAUGCUAUUGGUCAGUCAGCCAUUCAGUAUGUUGUUCAUGUCAUGUGUUGCUGUCUUAGACACCUCAUGUGAUAGAGGAUUGGUGUUUUGUGCCAUGGGCCAGCCAACCCAAAGAGUGCAAAUUUAGCAGCAAUAUCAGGUCUGAACAUACCUGAGAGACAUUGUGUUUAUUUAGCAGUUCAGCAGUUCUGGUCUAUACCUCUCCAAAUGGUUUCAUAAGCAGUAGUAUAUGUAGGUAAUGCCUUGACAGACAUUUAAUAAGUUCAAUGAAAUGGAUCGGAAAUGCAAGUUGUUAGGGACACAUGUUUGGGUUCUAAACAUUAUGUUGACAGUCAUACCUCCCAGUGCCCUGAUCAAGUUAUUUGUCCAUUCCUGUCUUUGUUAAUGCUAUGUAUAUGAUAGCAUGUUGUACAUAUUUAUUCAGCUUUUAAAUGAAAUAAAUAAAAUGUAUCUCAUUUACCUCCUUACAAUAUAAGAGUAGCAUUUACACAAAAAUAACAGUCACUUCAGAUUCAGUUGUAUUAAUUUACUGGAUUCAAGGAUCACAGUUGACUUUGAGCAUGUCGUGUUUGCAAACCCUUGCUUUGACACAGUGCCUUGAAAAUAAAGCAUUCAAGAGGACUUUGUCAACAUGUAACAAGACGUAUGGCAGAUACAUUUGAUUUUUAGGGUUUGCAGUUGAUAAUGUACCAUCUUUCUCUCUCACUCUCAAUGGAACCUUUGUGUUAUCACGUCUUUCCAAGCAUCAUUUUCAAUAAACAUCUUUCAUCCAUCCAAAUUUUCCUAAUUUAAAAAGACAGAUCUCAAUAUAAACUAAGUGUAUCGACUGUAAUUGCUUCUAUAUUUCUGUUGAUUUGCUCUGUAUAUAAACCCAACUCUGAUCUAGCACACAGCUGUAACCACUUUAUACCAUAAUGAAUGGGCUGUAGUGUACUCCGUGCUCAAGUACUUUGAGUGCUGGAUCUGUGUCUUCUAAUGUCUGUGGACACUUAACACUUUGUCGGGUGUAAAAUAAAUGUGAAAUAUGC